UAUACAACUGCUAGGCUCAUGAACGUAGAUGCGGGGUAGAUGUGGGCCGAUGGCGUCAUGUGGCUGUGGCUGUUGCCCUGGCUGCUACAAGUGCGGGCAGUGAACCCAGGGCAGGCAUGUAUAGAUGGCGCUGUUCUCCCUGACCAGCGCGCUAACAUUACCUUUGACGGGAUUUCAAUGCCCGUUGGCGUUGUCAUGGGCACUUGGGAAUCCAGCCGAAUCGUUGCUGAGAUCUAUAGCAUUAUUGCCUCAGAGGUCCUUGGCUUUGCAGUGCAUCAGACUGUAUCAGCAGCUGGUCAUUUAAUGUUUAUGGCGUUGACAGGCUGGAAUCCUGUCUGCAACUGCGGAUUUCCCACGCAAUACCAUGUGGCCUUCGAGUUUUGGCGCUACACAUACACAGAGGAGUGGUGGACAGCUCUGCCUGGGAUCGCGCCGGUUCGUGCGGGGAGCCUUAAAUACGCUGGCUAUGACGGGCUCUUCGUGUUUCCCGGCGCCCAUGCGCGCGGGCUGGAGCACGGCCUCGCCUUGGAGUAUUACCGUUCCUACAACACCUCCUGGUUCCAGCCGACUCAGCACCUGGCGAAAGUUGGACAGGUUGACUUGAACAGACUGGAGACCUGCAUCGAAGUGUGGAUCAAUCAGAAUUUUGGCGAGAUCGCCAACGCCUACUUGGCAAUUACAGGGGAUGUAGAAGGCACAAUGCUUUAUAACAACUCCACGGUGUUUAAUUGCUGGCGGGAGAAGUGGUUUGUAGGCCCUGGUUGCCGCCAUGAUCCAGGAAAUUGCGGGGCACUGGUUUCUCGCACUGGCUGGGGACUCAUGGAAGUCAUUCAGAAAAUUUUCUUCCUCCAGAUGCCCCUGGCAUAUGCAAAUGCCAAACCGGAGGAGUAUGUGCCGCUGAACCAAGAGUUGCAGAGCCUGGCGUAUUGGUGGGAGCCAGAUACGCAGUUUGCCUUGGACAAUCCGCAGCUGGUGCGAUUUGCGCCGCAUAACGUGGAAGAAUUCCGUCGGGGAAUUCAAAGGACAAUGAAGGAGCCCAUUCCUCUUGACACGCUGACUGCUGCUGGCUGGCAGCACGCAUUGCAGGAAGUCGCCAGCCGGGUGUCCUUUACCCAGGAGGAGAUGAAGGAGCUCUUAGUCAAUGCGUCUGGAUCCUCGACCAGACAUACCGCUUGCACAUGGAUCAGGCACCACCAGGAGAACUGGAACACCUGGCUGCCACAUCACAGGCGAUGUGCAGAUGGGCUUGGUGUAGUGGAUGCCCAGGGUGACUUUCUACUCUCAGGAGAGAAUGCAUCGGGCUGCGAGCGCUGUCCAGCCGGGCGUUUCUCUCGGGCUUUUGCAACGACGCGAGUUUGCGAAUUUUGCCCACCAGGCUCAUUCCAGAGCCUGCCUGCGGAGAUGACGUGCACUCCCUGUUCUGCUGGCAAGGCAUCUGUCAAGGAGGGCGAGCGUGCCUGCGCAGAUUGUCCUUUGGGCAGCUUUGCCAACAGCACUGGCAUGAGCCAGUGCCACUGGUGUGGACCUGAAGAUCAGAAGGAUCUCUUCACCACCAGCCAGCUGGUUCCAUCUGGGGAGGGCCCAACUCGGAUCCCCGUACUGGGCGCCAGCCGCAGCGAUUUCUGCAGCUGCAAGACGGGGAUGCUUCUCAACGGACUGCGCUGCGAGCCUUGCCCUUUGGGAGCCGUUUGCGAUGGGACGACACAGGUUCAGCUACUUGCAGGCUUCUGGUCCUCUACGGCUACACCCACCAGCGUGUACUUCUGCUACAACGCCCCUGGGGCUUGCCCCGGCGGCCGCCCUGGGGCCUGCGCCCAUGGCCGCGAAGUGUCCAACCUGGGGUGUGCUCGCUGCAACGAGGGGAGGCGCCAACGAGGCGGAUACGCUGCUGCAGCAGGCUGCAUCCCUUGCACAUCCACAGACUACAUGCUACUGUGCUUGGCGCUCGUUCUCUGCAUUGCGAUCAUAGUCCUCUGCCAGGUCGUCUAUCGCCACUAUAGUCUCAGCACAGCUCUGCUGUUGUCGGCGUGUCUCUUGUGCCAUCAGCUCGUCAUGAUGAUGACCGAGAUUGGAGGAGCCAGUUGGUCAGAUGGCGCUGCCACGGCGCCUGUCGAGGUGAUUCAGAGAUUCACGCGCUUCCUUGAGUGCUCGCCAAUUUCCCGCCGCACUCCGCUUGGACUCUUCCUUCGUCCGCACGUCCCGCUGCUUGUUUUUCUCUUCCUCGCUGUGCUCCACCUUUGCCUUGACAGACGCAGAGCUCGGCACCUCGUGGUCAACUCCGUGGGCAAUUUUGCAUUUGCAUACUUCGCGAUGCUUUUGUAUUACGACCUGGCGGCCUUCCGCUGCUUUCUGCAUCCUAAUGGCCUCUCUACUCUUUUGGCCCUCCCAGAUGUGCUGUGCAGCGGAGAUCAGUACGCAACCAUUGUUGCUUUUGGAUUCAUACUCGUGUGCUUGCCGAUCAGCUUCGCAGCCCUUUGCUUUUGGCUGCUUUUGGCCGAGCUGCCCAAGCGCUUGCUGGCAGGAGACAUGAGGUUCAUCAGAUCUUGCAACUUUUUGGUGGCAAACUUCAGACCUGGCUCUGAACUCUAUAUUGCUCUUUACCUUGCACGCAUGGUUUUGAUGAGCUUAACCAGCUUCAUUCCCUUCAUCAGUGCGAAGAUACUUUUCAUGAACAUCUGGCUCUUGGGCAGCCUGGUGGUCACUGCCAUCGCCAAGCCUUGGCGCUAUGCCAUUUGCAAUCAAUUGGACUUGCUGAUCGUUGCUGGCAUGCUAAUGCAGCUUGACAUUGGCUCCGCACUGCUGAGAACCCUGGACACCAACAUCGUCGUGGCAGCUUGCAUGACCGUUGCGUCUUUGAUGAGCCUCGCUACACUGGGCUUUGGCUCUUGGGGAAUCAUUCAGUUUGCAUUGCUCCACUGGAGGAAGAGAUUCAGGUGCAUCAUUUGCCACCAUCAUUUAGCGACUGGCAGCUAUGCCCUUAUGCUGAAGAUGGAGCUUGAAAAGCAAGGUUGCAAAGCCUUGCUGGACCACGAGCCUGCUGAUCUUGCUCAGCUUGUGCAUCACGUGAGCCACAACACAGAGGCGCUGGUGAUUUUGGGCAGCCGCGAGCUAUUCACGCUGAAGUCUUGCAUUGCGGAGAUGGCUGUAGCUCAAGUGCACGAGGUCCGCACGGUGCUUUUGGCUUUCCCGAGCUAUUCUGAUUCUUGGGAGUCCUUGAACGCAGACUUCUGGGAGGUGCCGGAGGAGCUGGUGGCAUUCCGCAUCGGCCUGCACGAGAUCAUGCAGACGCACCGCUGGCUGAAGGGUCUCGAGAGAUUCCAAGUUGCGCCAGAGUUCGCCACGAGCGCAGCUCAGCAGGUCCUUUCCUUCAUGCUGCCUAGCUGUGAGCUGGAGCUGGAGCAAGCGCCACAGGAUGGCGCGGACUGUGUCAUUCUGGCAGACUUGAGCAAUCUGGAGGCUGCAGCGACUGCCUGCAUCCUGCGAGGCAUGCUUUCGCCCCUUCUUUUGGAGCGGACCUGUGAAGAAGUGAUUGUGCUGGAAGUCGACACCAUGCCACCCUGCGUGAUGUAUGCCCUGGUGGUGUGCAGCGACGGCUGUUUCGAGUCUUUGCGCUAUGCGAGCUGGUUGUUGCAGCUCCGUGCUCUGAACGGGGCGCAGGUCUCGAUCCUCGCGAUCAUCGCCGAGUCAGGCUUUCAGUUCCCCUCCCUGUCCUUCCAGCAAGACAUGAUGAAAAUCCCACAGCUCCAGGGCGUCGACUUGCGAAGCUACUCGAAGAUCAUCCAGGCGCUUUUCGGGGAACUCUGGUUCUUCGUCACAUUUACACCCCAAUGCUCCACGAGGAAGGAGUUGCAACUCCGCGCUGCGCAGGUGCGGAAUCUGCUGGAGGCGGCUCGGCCUUUGGCAGAGCGACUGGCAGCAGCAGAGGCCCAGAAGGUGGAGGAGUUGAAGGAGCUGAAGGUGACAGAUGAGUGGUGCGAGCCAGUCCAGCCGAUCAACAACGACCUGAAAAGGAUGGUCGAAAUCUACCAGAUGUACUUCUGCCCUAUGAGAGAAGAACGAUUCUGAGCCUGGGGGUGUUGCAGUUUUGGACCGGAGUCUUAAUGGAGCGGCUUUCCAGUUGGGCGCUGCGUACAUCCCCAAUAGGCUUGAUCCGAGUUUUUUGAAUUCAACAUUUAUUCGUUGGAGCGUGCUUCUCUUCCCAUUAGGAUGCACUGAACGUGCUGGAACCAUUGAGAAGAGGCUUAUGCACUCUUUUCUGUGCCUGCCGUUUUUGGUGACUUCGGCAAAGCCGUUGCGACCUUCACACAAUUGUCGUUGGGUCCACACCGUUUUUCAGACUGAGCAGGGUGUCGGUACCUCUACAACUCUAUGCAGGUCCGGUGUGCUCAUACCCUUGGUACAGUUCCGCAUCAGUGGCUCAAACCUCGUAGAGGUUUGCCAAUGGCAGGGAAGUGAAGAUCACGCUGCAAUGUCAUGCUAUGGGGGAUAGGUUGCAAC